AAGGUAAAAAUAAAUUGGAAAAUAAUUCUAAUAAAUUACAAAAGGUCCAAACAAAAGGAAAUAUAAAUUCUACGAAAUCUUCUAAACUUGAGAAACGUAGUAAAAAACUCGAAGAGAAUAAAAAUAAUAUGAAAUCUCAAACAGAUAAAGUAAAAGUUUUAAAUAAAACCCAAUCUGUUAAGAACGUUGUAUCAAAAAACAAAACUCAAUCUGUUAAGAACGUUGUAUCAAAAAACAAAACUCAAUCUGUUAAGAACGUUGUAUCAAAUAACAAAAGCCAAUCUUUUAAGAAAGUUGUAUCAAGUAAUAAAACCCAAUCUGUUAAAGGUGCUGUAUCAAACAAUAAAACUCAAUCUGUUAAGAACGUUGUAUCAAAUAAUAAAACAAGUGAUGAAGAAUAUGAAAAUGACAGUUCAGACGAAGAAGAUAUUCGUAAUACCGUAGGUAAUAUACCUAUGAAAUGGUACGAUGAAUAUGAUCACAUUGGUUACAACUGGGAAGGUAAAAAAAUCAUGAAACCGGAGAAAGGUGACCAAUUAGAUAAUUUCUUAAAGAGAAUGGAAGAUCCAGAUUUUUGGAGAACAAUAAAGGAUCCACAAACUGGACAAGAUGUUAUACUUAGCGAAGAAGAUAUACAAUUAAUUACUAGGAUACAAAAACAAAGAAUUCCUGAUGUACAAUUCGAUGAAUAUGCUCCAUGGGUGGAAUGGUUUACAUCAGAAGUUAUGAAAACACCGCUUCGUAAUUAUCCUGAACACAAACGUUCAUUCUUACCUUCUAAACUUGAAGCCAAAAAAGUAUCCAAAUUUGUACACGCGUUGAAAAUGGGUUGGAUGAAAUCAACAGCAGAAAUGGAAAAGGAAAAACAACAAAAAAAUAAAACACCAGAGUUUUAUAUGUUAUGGCAGUCUGAUGAUCAAGCUGAGGAAAUGCGUAGAAUUCACAAACACAUACCACCACCUAAAAGACAUUUACCUGGUCAUGCGGAAAGUUAUAAUCCUCCACCAGAAUAUCUAUUCGAUAGCAAAGAACUUAAAGAGUGGAAUAAAUUAAAGGCAACACCAUGGAAAAGGAAGUUACAUUUUAUUCCACAAAAGUAUACUUCGUUAAGAGAAGUACCUGCUUAUCCUAGAUAUAUCAAGGAAAGAUUUAAAAGAUGUUUAGAUUUGUAUUUAUGUCCAAGAGCAUUAAAAAUGAGAUUAACGAUAGAACCGGAAGCUUUGGUACCGCAAUUGCCUAGUCCCAAAGAUUUGCAACCAUUCCCAACAACGAUGUCUAUGAUCUUUAAAGGUCAUACAGAUAUGGUCAGAAGUAUUACAGUAGAACCAUAUGGACAAUACAUCGCUUCUGGUGGAGAUGACAUGACACUCAAAAUUUGGGAAAUAGCUACUGGCAGAUGUACGAAAACAGUGGCUUGUGGUGGUGUAAUUAGAAGUGUUGCUUGGUGUCCUAAUCAAGCCCUAUCUCUCAUAGCUGUUGCAGCAGAUAAAAAAGUUCUUUUAAUAAAUCCAGGAGUCGGUGAUCAUCUUAUUACGAAAAAAACAGAUCAAUUGUUAGAAAUAAUACCGCAAAGUGAUAUUAUAGUUAGCGAAAGAGUAAAAUCAGCUGUACAGUGGGAACAACCGGAGGGUGAAUCAUGGAAUAAAGGAAUUAGAUUAAUAUUGAAUCAUUUCAAAACAGUAAAACAAGUUACGUGGCAUGGUAAAGGUGAUUAUUUUGCCGUAGUUAUGCCCGAUGGACAAAAUAGAUCUGUUUUGAUAAAUCAAUUAUCAAAAAGAAGAUCUCAAUUACCAUUCACUAAAUCCAAAGGUUUAAUACAAUGCGUAUUGUUCCAUCCAAUAAGGCCUUUCCUAUUUGUUGCGACUCAAAGAAAUGUUAGAAUAUAUGAUUUAGUUAAACAAGAAAUGGUGAAAAAAUUAUUGUCCAAUUCUCAAUGGAUAUCAACGAUGGCUAUACAUCCUGGUGGUGACAAUAUUUUGGUUGGUACCUAUGAUCGUAAAAUGUUAUGGUUCGAUUUGGAUUUAAGUACAAAGCCAUAUCAAACAUUACGUUUACAUGGCACUGGUGUUAGAGGUGUAGCUUUUCACAAACGUUAUCCUCUUUUUGCUUCCGGUGCCGAUGAUAGAAGUCUCAUUAUUUCACAUGGAAUGGUUUACAAUGAUCUAUUACAAAAUCCAUUAAUAGUACCAUUGAAAAGAUUAUGUAAUCAUGAAUCUUACAACGAUUUUGGUAUUUUCGAUGUGAUGUUUCAUCCUACUCAACCAUGGGUAUUUUCUGCUGGAGCUGAUUCAACUAUACGAAUGUAUACAUAAUACAUUUUAUAUUAUAAUUAUUAUUAAUUAUUUUAAUACAAACAAAAAAUAAUAAAUGUUCAU